AUGAUGAACAAAUGACACAGGAGCUUAGCGCUUAGCGCUCAAGCUUUGAUCAGUCAACCCACCUUGUGAAUCCCGCAACUCGCAUGAUUCCUGGGCCUCCUCCCUUCAAUAUUAAUAGUGCAACUCAGUCACGUAACCAUGAAGGGCUUACUGUACUACCCACUGGUGUUCUCGAGACUCUCAGACCAGUCUCUGCACACGGUUUGGCCCUUGUUGGGAUUAUUGGUGUGGUCGCUCUUGGAAUUUGGGUUCUUUGGCUAUUGAUCUUUCGCACAUGCAAACUCAAGGCAAACAUCGCUUCCGAUGGGACUUCUGAAUCCACCCCUCUGCUAAAUCCAGAUCAGACACGAACUGGCCUUCAGAGGUAUCGUUCUGCCACGCUAGACAAUGACCCAUUACUCUGUUCCAUCUGUGCAAACCUGGACUUUUACAAGAUCUUCCUUGAUGGAAUCCCAGAGAUGGAGGACAUCCCACUCGAUUCGCUCCCAUCCAUCCUAAAUAAAUCUUACCAAUGCAGUUUCUGUCGUCUCAUAGCCUUUCAUGUCCGCCGAACAUGGAUGUUGGCCAAAUUUCCCAUGGUCGAUAUCUCAGGGAUUGAAUGUAGGAUGUUCACGAAACCUUGUGGUUGUCUUGCGGUGGCCUCUUAUCCCCCAUCGAAAUUCCGUUGCUACCGCCUCUACAUCACUAUGGAGGGCCUGCAAGACAUUUGGAAGAGAUAUCCAGCUUUCAGAGCAGCAGAAGACGCUUUCAAGGUGAGAAACACCGUGGAUAUCAAUUUGGUGAAGAAGUGGAUCAAGCUGUGCCAGGAGAACCACGGAGAAGCAUGUGAAAGUCUCUGGAGAAUCGGUGGCAGCAGCGGCGCUGGCAGGAAGCUGCCGGAUUUUGUGAGAGUGGUGGACGUGGUAUCGAUGGCUGUGAUUCCUGCACCUCCUGGCUGCCGUUAUGUCGCCCUCAGUUACAUAUGGGGAGGCAUCGGCACAGAGUAUUGGACAACGAAGGAUAACAUAGUGAAGCGCCGCACGCCUGGCGGGUUGAACGGGGCAAACUUUCCUGAUACCAUCACUGAUUCGAUCCUAUUCGUUCGACAACUUGGUGAACGUUAUUUAUGGAUCGAUGCUCUAUGCAUCAUCCAAGAUGAUCCGCAAGACAAGGUUGCUCAGAUACACGACAUGGAUUUGGUCUACGGUCUGUCUUAUUUUACAAUAAUUGCUGCUGGCGGUAUGUCGGCUCGAGACCCACUCUCAGGGUGCCGUCCACAAACAAGGACGCGGCAGCAUAUCGAGGUCGUUCAAGGACUUCAUCUUUAUGCGGCUCCUCCAAGACUCAAGGAGGGUCUCGCUCUCGCGCUCUCCCGCCGAAGGAUAUACUUCACCGGGCAUCAAGUCCACUUUGAGUGCCGACUUGAUGUCUUCUGCGAAGACAUCAUCGCCGAAUGCAAGGUCGACUCCACCAGCUUUCUUAAAUAUACACGUGCAGAAUAUUUCCCUCAAUCGUUGAAUCCCUUUACGAGUUACAUGUCGGCCGUUAAGCAAUGUACACAACGCAAUCUCACCGUGGAAUCAGACAUUGUCUAUGCUCUCACUGGAGUGACAAACGCUCUGGCAAAAGCCUUUGGGAUCGGCAACCCCUCCAGAGCCUUUCACUAUGGAAUGAUGUUGACAGAAUUGCAUCAUGCGCUUCUUUGGCAUCACAGUCCAUACACACCACGCGCUCGUCGUUCGCUUCCUGACGGAGACGGUGCACUUUGGCCUUCUUGGGCUUGGGCUGCAUGGCGUGGCGCUGUUGACUACAUGACGGAGCAUCGAUAUUUGGAGACCCUUCCUGUUGAUGCUUGGCUCGUGGACUAUUUUGGGCACCCAUCGGUGGUGGAAGGAUUUGUCGAUCCUUGGUAUAUCGUAGACCAUGAUGGCGAUAUAGUGCAGCUUGAUGUUCACCGGGUUUCCCGGCGAGUCGUUUUGGUUUCAGAGACGGAGGAAGAGCGGGCCAUAUAUUCUUCGCCACAAGGGAUCUUAAACCCAACGGAGCUGACACUAGACAUCCAUCGACCGCUAGAACCAGGCACCCUCAUUUUCCGCACGACUUCCAGCCGCUUUGACAUUGUACGGCGACGUGGUGAAGAAUCAACUGCAUGUCACCACGGUCUCUUUGAUAUCCUCUCCACCGCAUCCUCCCCUCCCAUCUGGGUUGGCACUGUCGUUCUGCCAUUGGACAUUGCCCCGCCGACUUCUCUCGAGUUCAUCGUCCUGUCCCGUACCGGUUUGCGCGGCGUGUACGACGAACAGAGUCUUGUGUGUUACCGUGAAUGCUUGCUACAUGUGAUGGCGGUUGGUCAGAAUGAGAGCUUGAUGGAACGUCUUGGGUUGGGUGUCAUUCACGAAGCCGCCUGGAUCGCUUCAAGGGCGGAGGAGAAGGUGGUGUUUCUUCGAUAACGGCGGACGGUGAUAGAAUACCUUCAUUAUAGUAUAUAUAAAGGCAAUCAUCGCUAUUUAAUUGGAUCUCUGUUGUUCCUUG